AUGACUGUCGAGGAGGCCAAGGAGGAGGCUCUUCGUCAGGUGGAGUUCUACUUUCACGACUCCAAUCUUCCCUUCGACAAGUUCCUCUUCACCUUGACCCGCAAGGACCCAGAAGGAUGGGUUUCCAUUGCCACCAUUGCCUCGUUCAAGCGUAUGCAUGCCAUCAAGAACCUUCUCGGUCUUGACGGUAUCGCCGAGGUACUUCGCCGCUCCAAGGAGCUUCUUGAUGUCAGCGAGGACGGUGCCAACGUUCGUCGACGAAAGGAGCUCGUACCUGUCAAGGAUGCUUUCGACCGAUCCAUCUACGCCAAGGGUUUCGGCCAAGAGACCGAGACUCUUCAGAAGCAGCUCGAGUCCUUCUUCAACACUUUCGGCAAGGUCAACAGUGUCCGUAUGCGUCGUGAUAUGGAGGCGGCUACCAAGCCCAAGCCAUUCAAGGGAUCUGUCUUUGUAGAAUUUGCCGAUAUGGACGACCGAAACAAGUUCCUCUCCCAGGCAGCACAGAAGGAUCCCGAUCAGGACGGUGGCAAGGGCGUCAGCUUCCAAGACAAGGAGCUCGUCGUCAUGUCCAAGGACGCUUACGUCAAGAUGAAGAUGGAGGAGAAGGGUAUCGAUCCCAGCAACAACAAGAUCAACCGUGGCAGCAACGCACCCAAGAAGUUCAACGCAUUCAAGGAGAUCAACAAGCGCGAAGGUGGACGAGCCGGUGACCGAAAGCAGCAGCAGGACGACAAGCCAAAGCGUUCCGACCCGCUCGAGUUCGAGUACAACGGCAAGCAGCUCACUACACGUCCUGACGGCACUGUUGACCCAGAUGCCGUUGAGUUCCCCCCCAAGUCGGUGCUCAAGUUCACCGGUGCUGGCGAGGGCGGCAGCUGGAAGGACCUCAAGGAUACCCUCGUUACUGUUCACCCUACCUCGUUCGUCGAGUUCCCAGCAGGUGCCGUCGAGGGCGCUGUUGGAUUCAAGGAGCCUCUCUCUGACGAAAAGCUCGCCGAGAUCAAGAGCAAGAACAUCACCGUUGGUGGUAAGGUCGUCCAGUUCUCCCGCGUUGAUGAGGAGAUCGCCAAGAAGUUCUACAUCGAGCGUGCCAACUUCAGGGCUUCCUUCAUGCUCGACAGGCGCGAGCAGGAUUCGCAGCGUGGUGGUGACCGACGUGGCAAUGGCGGUUACGGCCGAGGUGGACGUGGUGGUGGUGGACGCGGUGGUGGUGGACGUGGUGGCAAGUUCGGCCGUGGACGAGGUGGUGGAUUCGGCCGUGCUGGUGGCGACAAGCGGAAGCGCGACAACGACUCGUCCAACGACAACCGUGACGACGGCGCACCACCUGCUAUUGGCAAGAAGGUCAAGACGGAGGAGUAA